AUGGCUGACCGCCAAAUCACCCAGCAGACUAUCUUCAGCCUGCUGGCGAAGCUCGACGAUCCCGACGCCGACCUGCGCUACAUGUCCUUGAACGAUCUAUACGGCAUCCUCACAAACCCAAACUCCUCAUUUCUCUCACAUGACCGAGGCACAUCAACCAAGCUUGCUGAAGGCCUGCUCAAAGCUCUGGAUGAUCAGCAUGGUGACGUGCAGAACCAGGCGCUCAAAUGUCUUGGACCAUUAGCCGUUCGCCUUCCAUUCGAAUCCCUCACACCUCUGCUCGAGCAGUUGGCCAACUUGACCUCCUCCCAAACGAUAGACACUUCCAUUCCUAACACCGCCCUUCGCGUCAUUGUCGACACCCUCCCCCGUCCUCAGGCAGGCCAGCCUGCAUCGCAAAAUGCUACCACAGCCUACUCCGCAGUCUCAAAGGUUCUGGUUCCCCGAUUGACUGGCCCGACACCAUCGGCUUCAGGGCGCCGCGGCUCACUCGUGAAGGGAAUGAUGGAGAAGGAUCCGUCCAAGGGUUUUAGCAGCGAUGCUAUUGACGUGCUCAUCAAGGUUGUCACUUGUUUCGGUCCCCUACUUCAGGAGACUGAGCUGGUUGCCCUCCAGGCAUCCGUCAUGGCCAUUAUCCAAAACGAUACUGCGGGAACUGUUGUCACCAAGCGUGCUCUGACUGCUAUCUCUGCUCUCGUGCUUCACUUUUCUGAUACUCAGCUCAACAGCUUCGUGUCUAAUUUGAGUGCGACCAUGUCUUCGUCUAAGAUUUCCAUGGUGCAGCGUCGGCAUUUGAUCGCUGCCAUUGGCGUCAUUGCUAGAACUGCUCCUGCCAAAUUCGGUCCUCAUCUUGAUACUCUUGCUCCGUUUGUCUUUUCUGUUGUUGGAGAGGAUAAUAUCUUCAAGGAGAAUUGA